UCGGGGCUGGGCGCGCGGGGGUCGCCGCAGCGGGAUCGGGAACCAGCGAGAGCGCCGCUGCAGCCCAGCAUGGCUAGCACGGCCUUGGAAAUCGUCGCCUUCGUAGUCUCCAUCUCGGGCUGGGUGCUAGUGUCUUCCACACUGCCCACCGACUACUGGAAGGUCUCCACCAUCGAUGGCACUGUCAUCACCACGGCCACUUAUUUUGCCAACCUAUGGAAGAUCUGCGUUACCGAUUCCACCGGUGUCGCCAACUGCAAGGAGUUCCCCUCCAUGCUGGCGUUGGAUGGUUACAUCCAGGCAUGUAGAGGACUCAUGAUCGCUGCGGUCAGCCUGGGAUUUUUUGGAUCCAUUUUUGCACUCUUUGGAAUGAAGUGUACCAAAGUGGGAGGCUCAGAUCAAGCCAAAGCUAAAAUUGCUUGCUUGGCCGGGAUUGUAUUCAUACUGUCAGGUCUGUGUUCCAUGACAGGCUGUUCCCUGUAUGCAAACAAAAUCACAACGGAAUUCUUUGAUCCUCUCUAUAUGGAGCAAAAGUAUGAAUUAGGGGCUGCUCUCUUCAUUGGAUGGGCAGGAGCUUCUCUCUGCAUCAUUGGGGGAGUCAUAUUUUGCUUUUCAAUAUCCGACAACAACAAGACACCCAGAAUGGGCUACACAUACAACGGACCCACGUCUGUCAUGUCUUCUCGGACCAAGUAUCAAGGCGGAGAAGGAGAUUUUAAAACCACAGGCCCUUCAAAACAGUUUGAUAAAAAUGCCUAUGUCUAAAGAGCGCUGGCAAGCUGCCUCCUGAGUUUUGUUGUGCAAGAGAACUGUUCUCACAAUAGUCCUUCCAAGGCUCUCCUGUAAUUACUGCUUAAGCUGUUUUUUUAAAAAUAGAAAUUCGAAGACUGUUGAUUGGAUGUAAAUGUUCUUAUAGUUAUACACUAAUCAUUUUCUGUUGUGCCUUUCUGUAAGGAAAAUAAACAGGUUAUUUACAGGAUUUGUAUAUUUUAUACACAUAGAAGACAUGGCUACCCUUAGUUCAUAAGACUCAGGGAAUGACAGCCACUUGGAUCCUUAAUGUACUGAGAACUUCCCUCAUUCCACCCAUAGAUCAAACACAAGUGUGCAGACGAUGGAUGGUGUUGUGUGAAGGGGACAGCGAUGAUCUCAGACCCCUCAUCCAGUAUCCAAGUCAAACAAUCCCACAAUCAAUCUGCCAUGUCGUUGAUUUCUAGUUUCUUGGUUCUGUCCGUCAGGGCUGUCAUUUGUCAUGAUGGCUAAAGAAAGGGCUGGUGAGGCCAAGGUGCCUUUGCCCUGUAUGUGGACCAUAAACCACACGGGCUUGUCUGAGCGAGAGCAUGUGACCACUAGCUGAGCUGGCCACUGGUGGCGGCUGAAUCUAAAACCAGCUAAGGAAGCUCUGGGGCCUGUGUGGGCCUGCCUGUCUCAUUUCCUGUGUCCCACGGGUCUGCACCCAAUACUCAUUAGGUCACUGAGACACUGGCCAUUUUUCAAGGCAUGGAAUUUGAUCAGGUGGUUUGGGAACAAAGAUGCAGGUGAAUUCCUGAGGCCAGCCCUGCAUGUCACUUACCCACAAAGGCAGUAAUUGUUCCCACUAGCACACAGCUUAUAGGUCAUAGCACAUUCACCCUUACACACCCCCUCAACCGUUGGUGCUUACAUUUUCCUGCGUGUGCAGUGAAGAAACGUAGAGUAGGGAGCGGAAUGAGCCCUGUAGUGUCAGAAGCAGGGCGUGAGCUGGUCUAGGGUAAAAUACAUGGUUUCAAGUUGUAAGAACUGGUACUUCUGUCAUAUGCUAUAAAUCACCCAGAACGAGUCACAUGGCUGACUACAUGACUUUCCCAGAGGGUAAAAGACUGAAAAGGAAAUAGAGCACACUGUUUGCAGGGAUUCAACGAAAAGGAAAGGAAACUUUUUUU